AACCGAAAGCGGCAGCGGGGAGGCGGGGAGGAAGGAGAGGCGGCCGCGGGGCUGGGAGGUGUGAGCCAGGCCCGGAAUGUCCACCCCGCCGCUGCUCGCGGGCCAUGGCUCUGCAGCUGCUGGCCCGCUUCGACUUGCGGGAGGACGUGCUCCCGAGCCUGCCGGCCCAGCCGGAGACAGCGGCCGGAGGAGGCGGCGCAGAUGUUUUAGAAACAACUUCUGAGAGCUUACGUGUACUAAACAUCGAAAGAAAUGGGAACAUUAUUUAUACCUAUAAGGAUAAUAAGGGAAAUGCUGUCUUUGGAUUAUAUGACUGCCAAGCCAGGCAGAAUGAGCAUCUGUACACCUUUGAGAAGGACAUGCAGGCCGUCAGCUGCUCUGUCAACAGUGCGAGAACUGUCCUUGCUGCAAGUUUCAUUCAGUACACUAAGGAAGGAGUAAGGAAUGAGCUUCACCCAGGAUCAAAGUGCCUGACUUUGCUGGUUGAAAUCCACCCUGUCAACAAUGUGAAGGUUCUGAAAGCGGUGGAUAGCUGCAUUUGGGUACAGUUCCUCUACCCACACGCUGAGAGUCAUCAUCUUCAGAACCACCUGCUACUGAUUUCAGAAGAGAAGUAUAUUGAGCGUUUUCAUAUCCAGAUGACCAGAGAAGAUGGAAACAGAGUGAUUAGAAAUUCUAGCCAUCUCCCAAGAGACAGAAUAGUUGAAGAUUUUGUUUGGGCUCAGUGGGAUAUGUCGGAGCAGAGAUUAUACUACAUUGAACUAAAGAAAUCAGAGAGCGUCUUGAAGUGCAUCCAGUUUUGGGCAGAUGAAAGCUUUAACUUAAUGUUUGAAAUGCCCUUGGACAUAUCAUUAAGUGGCUUAGGAUUUAAGCUGGUCAACUUUGGAUAUGAUUAUCGUCAAGACCAAGAGAAGUUUCCCAGUCAGCCUUCUCUGUGCAUUUUCACCAACCAUACAGGGAGUCUGUGUGUGUGUUACAGCCCAAAGAUUGAGUCUGGAAAAGAAAUCACUUAUUCAGUGUUUUACCUUCAUAAAGGAUACAGAAAGACCUUCACUGCUGCUGCUGGGAGUGCUGACUCACACGUGACAGAGGGCAUUACUUUUCUCAAUCUUGGCUACUUUGUGGCAGUUUACUUACCUGGUCAUUUCCUUCAUUUACUUAACACUCAUCACCCAGACUUGAUCUGCCACAGUCUGUUUCUGACAGGAAGCAACAAAAUGGCGGCUGUGCUACCUCUGAGUCCUUUACAGUCCCUGCCAGGGUCCCUGAUACUGGACUGGCAUUCUGGCAAGGUCUAUAGAGCAACCCUUGACCAGUCAUACUUGAUGUCCUUCCUGUGGAAUGCCCGCCUAGACUGUGAGAAGAUGGCUGUAUUGCACUGUGUGCUCUCCUGUGGUCGAGACCCAGGUUUCCCGGAAGGCCAGAUUCUUCAGUGGAUUUCUGAGCAAGCCUCUACCUGCCAUUCGUUUGACCUCAUUCAGGAAUUUCUAACUGCUUCUUCCUAUUGGAGCGUGUAUCCAGAGCUGGCUGAUGUGGACAUGCUGUUACCCUACUCCUCCGUGCUGACUUGGGACGCAGAAAUUCCUGGAAUAACGCUUGUGAAAGAAGAGCUUCCGCUGCCUCUCCUGAAGGUCUACAACCUAAAGGGGUACUGGGCAAAGCUGAGCUCCAAGCUGGAGUACAUCAAGUAUACGAAGCCUCACCUACACUACCACAACAGUGUUGUGAGGAGAGAGUGGCACAACUUGCUCUCUGAGGAGAAAACGGGGAAAAGAAGGACCACAAUGUACGUGAGGAACAUUCUUGACAGCGCAGUGAAGGUGAUUUCCAACAUGGAAAAAAGGAUACUGGAGCCAAGGUUACUGCCCCUCUUACAAGAGGAAGACAGGCACCAGAGGCUGCUCAUGGGCCUGAUGGUGUCUGAACUCAGAGACCACCUGCUGAGACACCUACAGGGUGUGGAAAAGAAGAGAAUUGAGCAGCUGGUUCUAGACUACAUUUCAAAACUGCUGGAUCUCGUUUGGUGCAUGCUGGAGACCGCUUGGAGGAAACACAGUGUGCAUCCUUGGCUUUUCCACCUUAACGACCGUGGCAGCGCCGCAGAUUUUGAAGUCUUUCAUCUUAUGACCAGGAUUUUGGAUGCUACUAACAGCCUGUGCUUCCCUCUGCCUCCCGGUUUCCACUCUCUGCACACCAUCCUUGGGGUCCACUGUCUCCCUUUGUACAACCUGCUACACUACAUUGAUAAUGGGGUGCUGCUGCUCACGGAGACCGCAGUCACAAGGCUCAUGAAAGAUCUGGACAAUUCAGAGAAAAAUGAAAAACUGAAAUUCAGCAUCAUUGUGAGGCUCCCUCCGCUUAUUGGCCAGAAGGUCUUUCGGCUUUGGGACCAUCCCAUGAGUUCCAACAUCAUCUCACGGAACCAUGUGGCACACCUGCUGAGCGGCUAUAAGAAGGAGGUGAAUCUGUGUGAAGCCCAGACACCUCGGAACUGUAUGAUUGACAAGUCAUCGUUUCCAGUAGAAUUUCUGCCUCUGAACUACUUCAUCGAAAUUCUGACGGGUCUGGAGUCCUCCAACCAAGCCCUGUCUGAUUUGGAAGGACGGGACAACGUGGACGCAGAAUUUGUAGAGGAGGCGGCUCUGAAACAUACCACAGUGCUUCUGGGCUUAUGAAGUGAAUUGCAGAUGACCUGUUUUCAACGUUUUCAUAUUGCUUUCACCUCCCUUUCCUGGGAAUUCUUCAGCUGUCUUCUAAGAUUGCAAACGGGUCAGGAUAUACCACAGAGCUGUUUGGCUUCGGUUCAGUACUUGUUCAGACGGAGCCAGCUGCUAAUCUGUCAGUUUGAGCAGAAAAGAAUGACAAGCAGUUCAGGGCUGUGUGCUAUGGCGGAAACGGUGCUCUUCUUGGUGGCUCAGCAGGAGGGCCAAUGGGCAGAGUGGCAAGGGCUAGGCAGAUCUCCGGAAGUAUCACAAAACAAGCAGAAAAAGUAAAGUUGUGAAGAGGAUCUACGAAGAACCUGACUUGGGACUGAAGAAGAUCUGCCAUUUUCCAUAUGGAAUAACUGUGAUGAAUCCUAAUUUGUACACACAGGACUUAAAGCAGCCUCUGUGGUGCCUCAGACAGAGCUGUAUUUAAUUUUAUAUUGAUGGUUUGAUUUGGCACUAGCUUCUCAUUAAAGACAGCCUCAAAUGCCGAGACGUUUGGUCUGCCUCUCCUGAUUUUUGACUGUAGCCUUUUUCUUUGUGUAAAGGCAUCAGUCGGAUUUGCAUAAGCCCAUCAGUGUGUUGCUGCAGAGGCCAUGACACCUGUCUCGGUAGGUGCCAUCCUUCCUCAUCCAUCUCCUACAGUGAUGUCACCCUGACCCAUAAGGCUCAGCUUUCCAGAUUCAGUUCUGCUUCUCUCUCUUCUUACUGUUUCUCUCUCGCACGGUGAGAGUUUAAUGAUUCUAAAUGUCACCAAUUCAUAUGCUAAUUCACUGUAUUUUCUUCAGUCUUUGUUGUGUUCCGGAAACUGUCCUAGCCUAUAGAAUUUCCCUUUUUGUUUCAAAUGGUGAGCCCGGCUUGGAACCCUGGCACCAAGUCAGCACGUGGCAGUACUGUAGGUUCACAUUACUUAUUUUACAAAUUGCUCUGUACUGGAGACGGCAGAUUUUAUUUAGUUCAGAUUAAAUAAAAAAAUCUUCCUUGCAAGUAAAA